AUUCUCGCACCCAAACAUUUUUUCUUUUCUGAAUUCCUCCGUAACUCCACAACCUCAAUUUCGUCUUUGAUUAAGGCUUACAGCUACAGGGAGGAAUGUCACUCUUGGGGUGAUGCCGGACGGCGAGAGCGGUUGACGGAAUUGCUAUACCGAGGUCAGACUCUUGGGUUUGUGGCACAUUCCGUGGGUGCGGUUCUCGGUUUAGGCAUCAGAGGAGCUCGCACGCAUCGUUCAAUUUUGCGCAUCUUUUAUUUGACGAAUUAGGGUUUCUUUUCCUUUGUUGUGAUCGUGUUCUUGAUGAAUGGCCUAGUUAAUGUUCUUAGCUCGUAGCCAUCGAACCGUUCCGGAGCUAAUUCUUUAUUGUUCGUGUCUUUAGCUUUCACCAGUAGCCAAUUACCUCCGCUGGUCGCAUUUGUUUUGAUCUUGAGAUCGAAAUCAGGCGUUACAUACUUGCAUUCUAAUAUGGAUCCUCAGCACUUGGCAGAAACCCUCAAGCAUUUGUCAAAGCAAGAUGAGCUAUUGAGGGAAGUUUUGGGUUCGUUGCAGGGUGAGCUGACCAAGCUCAAGGCCGAGGAGCUAAUGCUGAUGGAGAAAUACAGUCAACUAAAGAAUCCUCUUGAACUUAUCAUACGGAGCAAGGAGGAUGGCAAUGGACUUGAUGGCGAAACUGGGCAGACCGAGGAGGACGGCAAUGGACUUGAUGGCCAAACUGGGCAGACCAUUCCUUUAAUUACAUCCGGCACAAAUGACUCUGUUGGUGAUGAAGUAGAUCACACAGCCACCUCUAACAAAGAUAAGUAAUCUCAGUCGUGAAUUUAUGAGCUUUCUGCUCAUGUUCUUGUGUAAGAACAAUUUUGUUGAUGAAAUUCAUAUGUACCGCUUCCACAAGUGAGAAUUAAACGUCGCAACAUUUUAUCAAAGAUUUGUAUUUGUUGAAGAGGAGGAGAAAAGCCAUGCAUGCGAGACAGCUGAUGUGUAUCCCAUGGAGCAACCCGUUACUGAAUGAUGAUAGCGUGCUCUAAUAUAGUGCAUUUGAUUUUUCAUGUCAUACUGUGGGUUGGGUUUUUAUGUAAUGGGGAUUUAUUGUAUCUAUCUCGUCUUUCUUACAUAAUAGAUAUGCGCACGCUUGCGCUCCGCACCCAGUGGUAUAGAACACUCUAAAUGUGUUAGUAUGAAAUUAGUAAAAUGUAACUCCCUAAACAGCAAGAAAAAUCCGAAGUGUGGGAGAGCUCCAAAGUCAUUUGUACGUAUUCGCUGGUCAAUGAUGUUAUGGAUCAGAGGAUGAUGAUCUA